AUGUUGUACACAAGCCUGCCGCGAUGCUGUCGUUGCUUCGCCGCGACGUGUCUCCUGCUUCGCCUGCAUAGAGCUCUUGCAGCGGCGCCAUCAGCUCGAGCCAACGAGGAACAGGUGCCGCUCUACCUUUGGGUGCAGGAUGAGAUAAAGGAGCGCUUCCUGGAAAUGUGUAACGAGGAGAAUGUGUCCAUCUCUGAGAUGCUGACCAGGUGGGCGGCCACGAGGUCCACAGCUCUUUCGAUUCCAGCCGUCCGCCCUCGCGCUGAGGCUCGCUCGCACGGCGCUGACGUUGGCACCGCUUCUGUCGGUGCAAGCACUUCUUCGAUAGAUCGCGGGGAGCAGACGCCGAGGUCGGGUGCUUCAUCGACGGUUGCGCUGCGUUCUGCGGAAUUGGACGGGGACUUCCUCCUGAAACUGGGUGAUGACGACCUGAAGCUCCUCCGCCGAAAGGCGAAGAAGCACGGCCCGUUGAUUGCAACAUGGACGACCGGCGAAGCCAAGUACAUGAGCUUGGCUAUGAACUUGGCUCUCUCCAUCAGAAAGAACGCCCCGGGCCUGGAGCGGAAUUUCCUCUGCGUGGCACUGGACCGCGCCGCGCGGCGAGCCAUGCGCAAGCGGAAGUUCCACACGCUGUCGCAUCCAGUGCCCCAAGGCCCGGCACUGAAAGAUGCGAUCUGGAAGAUGCGCUGGCUGGUGCUUCACACCUUUGCACACCUUGGCAUUGAUGGUCUCGUGCUGGACUCUGACAUCGUUAUCCUCCAAGAUCCUUUUCCAGCCCUUUGGGGCGACGCCGAUUUCGAGGUGAUGACUGAUCACUUUUGGCCCGAGCAGCACCUGUGGCAGUACUGGACGAGACCCGAGGAGCACAUCAACACGGGCUGCAUAUUUGUGAAGGCGUCCGUCCGCACAAAGGCAUUCCUGUACGAGUUUUUGGAACAUCACAACGAGAGUGAGGUGGGUGGGCUUCAACGCCACUGGAUGGACCAGCAGGUCUUCAAUAAGUUCGUCGAGCAUCGUCUCUUCCACUCCACUGCCGAUCUCGUCCAUGGCCUCUAUGGCAAUCAGGUGUUCCGGAACAUCCGCGCCCAGCAGACUGCACAGCCCAUCCGCCUGCGCGUCCUCGACCCGAAGGUCAUCGCACAUGGGAUGAACUUCUUCUGGCUUCGAGCACAUGAGGGUGCUGGCCAGAAGUCUCCUGCCCUGGCCCAUGCCAACGGCGUAGAUGGCAAGGAGUACUUUCUUCGCGAUCGCGGGCAAUGGUACAUCGACGACUUUGCCGAGCGCUUCGGGGAUCAAAGCUUCGUAAGCUAUGAGCAUCCACCCGGCAUGUCGCUGGCGCAGGACUUCCAACACCUGGUCGAAGCUGUGGUCGUCGCAGCGGCGCUGCGGAGGCGACUGGUGCUUCCGAACACGAUGAACUGCGAGCACUGCCCUGCCCUGGAGCCCUACAAAGCCACCACAGUGCUGAGCGAUGGCAACUGCACCUUCGACUACUUCGCCUGGUCACAGAGUUUUUUGGGACAUCACGGUGACCUCGUGGCAGAAAGUGGCCUGCGGCGUGAGGCCUCGUACCGGAGCCUUCCAGAAACUCGAUACACGGGUUCCCAGUUUGCCAAGGCUCUUGGGAGCCGGGAAGGUCGCUUCUUGAAGAUCGAGUCGUCCAGGCGACUUCACCUCCUGGACAUCCGUGCUGCCUACAAGGAGGUGAACACUGCCGGGUUCGGCCCGCAAGAGGUUUUCCAAUGCCGACACCACGACUGGCCAGUGGGCUGGAUGGCCUGCAGAGAUCAGCGUUUCGUGAAAUACCACGGACAGUUUUCAAAGUGCAAAGCACAUGAAGCACAACCAGGCUGUGGAUACCGGGGUAUAACGUGUUGUGAUGCCUUCUGGGGUUGGGGGGAGAAGCUGGAGUACUUCACCGGGAAACCCUGGGACUUACCUUGUAACUGCGGUCUAUCUGGCUGCGAGGAGAAGCCGCAAGAUCAAGCCGAUGCUUCGCGGGUCUGCUGCGGGCACACCUCGGGCGGCGCUGCGCGUUGCGACCGGCGAAUCCGAUCCGAGUCAGUUCCGGAAGUCAACACCCCGGAAGACAGCGAGUCGUUGACAUCCACGGCCCUUGCAGACUUGGGGAGCUCUUUCCGGAAUGUCACUGCUUUCUGGCAGACCUGCAGGCUCAACAGGCAGCUUCGCUUUUCAGACCGAACCGUGGACGAGCUGAUCUUUGCAUGCCACCGGUUGGCGACCCGGUAUCUACUCCUCAAGCAAAACUUCGAUGCGCUGGGUCAGUGGUGCCGCUUCGCCCACCGGGAGCUGCGCCGUGGGGCGAACGGGCAGAAUCCUGGGUUGUUCCCACCCACCUGGCCCGGCGCAGCUGCAUUGCCUGUCAGGGAUGCUGAGACAGGAGCUUUGGAGGAGAUCAGUCAAGAUCAGUUAUCAUGGAAAAGGCCGCAUGACGUGGCUCAACUGCAAUUCUUGGAGGAAAAUGUUCGUCAUCUCCGGCAAAAGGCCCAAGAGAUGCAGACUCUCGUUCUGGAUUCUCCAAGAGGCAUUCCGUACCCCGGUAAUCGGGCCACAUUCGUUCCAGAGUUGCGCUUUGCCGACGUUUUUCGUGUUGGGGCGCUGGAAUCGGUUCAGGACCUGGCACAUCCAGAAUUCCUGGUCGUGGAUCGUGUGCUGCGGCCUGAGGUCGCAGAUCAGCUGCAGACCUGGCUGGCGCAAGCCACCAUUUGGCACUCGCCAAAAGAUGGUGGGAUUCUCCAAGCCUCCCUUUUGGAUGCGCUGAACGGCGAAGGCCUCAUCGAAUUGAUCAAGGCAUUCGGCGCCUGCGAGCAAGUGCAGAGCGUGCUGCACAAGCACCAUGGUGCCAAACUUGUCCUGGACGACAUGUGGGCCUGGAAGUAUGACUUGUCAUGGAGAAACCCGUCAUUGCCAGUUGAAUCUGAUAGCUGGGUCGGCAGUGCCCCGGAUGUGCUGGCAGUGGUUUCCUUCAAGGAGACAGGUGCCGAAGAUGGCUGGAGUUUUGCGAGGGGCAGCGAGAAGCACUUCAUCCCGCGCAGGCAGAACCAGCUGGUCUUGUGGACAGCAUGGAAAGGCGGCUGGUCUCUCUCCAUGGCUCAAAACAUGGAUGUCCGAUACGAGGAUCGACCUGUUGACUUAUUCCUGGGCUUUCGCAAGAGCCUUGGCCACAAAGUCUACCCUGGCUUAACAGCGCACACGUCGACCAGAUGGCCAGCUGCGGCUAAGCCUGGAUGA